AAAGAACAAAUGAAUUCUAUUCUCGUUUUUACUGCUCUCGUAGCUAUUGUUUCUGCUGGCUCCAGUUGGCCAAUGUUCUUGAGAGAUCAACCAAGAAAUGUUCAACAAUCUUACUACACAAUUGCAAGUAAUUCUUCGUUGACUCAGAAUCAGAAGGAUCAACAGCUCCAGCAGUGGGCACAGACCAAUAAUCUAUCGAACCAAUACACCGACUACACCCAACAACGUGAUCAACAAGAACAGCGAAUGAAUCAGAAUACUUCUCAAAUUAUUUCCCAGUUGUCUUCAGUUCAAAACCAACUAGAAUCAAUUUUGAAUAAUGACAAUCAAACUGGAGAACAGCAGCAGCAAGCUCUUCAAUCUCUUACUAAUCAAUAUCCACAAGAAGUACCAGUUCUGUUCUAUAUUAGAAAAAUGUCCAUGAGACAGGCGAGAAACAAUAAUUGAAAAUUUAAGUUGUUUUUAUUGGGCAAUUCAAUCGAAUAAAUACGUUAUACAUUUU